AUGGAUUCUCAACAUUCAUUCACACCAUUGCCGGAUUAUCCAUUCAAGCCACCAAAGGUUGCAUUUAGGACUAAGGUAUUCCACCCAAACAUCAACAGCAAUGGAAGCAUCUGUCUUGACAUUCUAAAAGAACAAUGGAGCCCAGCAUUGACCAUUUCUAAGCCAUUGUCAUGGUGUAGCCAAUACGGUUGGACUGCCUUUUGUGGACCCGCCGGACCUACAGGCAGAGACUCUUGCGGCAAAUGCUUAAGUGUGACAAAUACAGCAACUGGUGCUCAGGUAACAGUGAGAAUAGUGGAUCAGUGCUCUAAUGGUGGACUGGAUUUGGAUGUGAAUGUCUUCAACCAACUGGAUACAAAUGGAGCAGGCUACCAGGCGGGUCACCUUACAGUUAACUACGUCUUUGUUAAUUGA